CUCUCUCUCUCUCUGUCUUUCUUUGGGGUUUUGUCUCUCGCUGCUUCCUAUCUCAUGGGGCAAGCUUUUGGGUAUGAAGGUCGAAUUCGUGAAGAGAUGCAAGCAGCCAUCCGAAAAGAGGCUGCACACAUUUUGCUGAGCGGGCGCUAUUUGAAGGCGUCAUGGCAAAGGCCAGGUCCUGCAGCCUUGGCGCAAGUCCUGGAGCAGAUCUAUCAACACAGACAUGCUGCGACCAUGUUUGAGCUUUUUCGGAAGACUGCAGAAGCUUUGCCUCUGAAAUACCCCUUGAGCAGUGAGUAUCUGGUGAUGUGCGACUUAAGGGGCUGCUCCACCGUCAUGGAUGUGGCAGCCAUCUUCUUGGAGAGAGUGGUGGCACAGCAUCUGCACCAGGAAGCGGAUCAGAGACUGUGGUCCACAGCGCGAGCGGGUCAUGGAGCAGUCUCGGCCUUUUGCUGGGGUAUCUCCUACAUCACCUGCACAUGUUGCUGCGUGGGCCAAUACGAGCAGAAGAUCAAGUUCCCUCUGGGUGGAUGUGGCUGUAGCCCGAAGCACACGAGCCCUUCACGAAGGGACCUGGCGCUGGCCGAUCUGCGCUGCGCGAAGCAGGGCAUUCUGCCGCUGAGCGCCUUAGCGGUGCGCUGCGUCCUGGAGCGCCUCACCUCGUCCGCACCGUCCGCGUCCGCGGCGUCGGCCACGUCGGCCACGCGCUACGCUCAGGAGGAGGUGAAUACGACCUCUAUGCCUUUGGGCGUGCUAGGCUCGGAGGCUCUCGCGGCCAGUGAUCGGCCCUGGAACUGGCCGGAGCUGCGGUCCUUGUACGGAAGGCAUGCUUUUGCCACCACGGGCUAUGAGCGGCGCCAGCGACAAAGAGAAGAGGAAGCACAGGAGGCAGAAAGGAGGUCUCAUCCCUACAGCAGCUUUGAGGUGCUCGCGGACGUGGAAAACACGAGCUGCCCGCUCAAGGCGGGAGACCUCGUCCAUCCGGUGGAGAUUCAUCCAGGAAUGCUCAUGGAGUCGGCGACGGGUGCUCACUACGAUAUGAUCGGGGAGGAUUCUGAGGCGCUGAUGGUUCCCACCAGCCACUGGUGGCUGGCCAUGGAUGAGAUUCUGAUUCUGGAUGCUCCGGAGUCUUUGGAGGAUCCGGUGGAGCGGCUGAGCGAGGAGCUGAAGCCAGAGCAGCAUCAGAUGUUGGCUCCGGGAGAUUUGGUGAGGUCCUCGGAGGCCAAGCUGCAUCCGGAGUUCCAGGCUGUGGAGCCGGGCCCCAAGGAUUUGAUUCACAUCUUGACCUUGGACGGAAGACUCAUCUUUACAGUAGCUGCUGAUGAUUACUUGCUGGACUUUCCUCUUUCAAGCUUGACUCGAAAGGUCUCAGAGUCUCUCCAUCUCAAUGCCCUCUUGCAGCUGGAGCUGGUGCCCAGCAGCGGGAUCUCUCUGGAUGCCUCGAAGCCCUUGUCGUCUCUGAAGGCCGCCCGCGAUGCCUCACCCUCUGGGCCUCUGGAGUUGGUGGCGACGCUACGCGUCACCGGGCGGCUCUACGCGCCCUGGGUGCCCCUGGCGGGCGGCGGCGUGGUGCGGGCCUUCGACGAACACCUCGCGCCGGUCUUGAAACCCAUCCAGUCGCCCUUCUUACACGAAGGGCUCUUGGACUUGGACCGCCAGCGGCUCUUCUUCGACGGCGGCAACAGCGGGUCCGGCGGGUCUGCGGCGGAGUUCCCGGAGCUCGGGGCGCUGAGAAGCCAUUGGCUGGAACUGUUGGAGGAGUGGCAACAGCUUUGGAGCAAGCAUCGGGAUCAAUUCUCAGCCUUCGAAGGCCACGUGGGAUGGAUGUCCUUCCCGCUGAAGCUCUGGGGCUUCGAUCUGCCGCGCCAGAUGGCCUUGGCGCCCAAGGCGACCGAGCUCAUGAGGACUUGUGGGAUUCAGGGACUCACCACCUUCACCUACAGUGUUUUGGAGCCCGGUUGUCACAUCAAGCCGCACCGGGAGCACGUGGGCACCUCCGGCGUCCGAGCCCAUUUGGGGCUCCAAAUCCCGCCCUGCUGCGCGGUGCGCGUGGGUCCCAACGCGCUGAAGUGGCGCGAGGGGCACUGGACGGUCUUCAACGGAAACCGGAGCCAUGAGGUGCUGAACAUGGAUCGGAAGGAGCGUGUGGUGCUGUUGAUCGACUUCGGUGGUCCAGUCUUGAAGCCGCAGAGGUGGCCCAAGUGGCUUCAAGAGCGCAUGGAAGCCAAUGGCGUCCAUUUCGAGAAGACAGAGAAAGAGAGCGAAGAGAAGGAUGCAGAUGACCCAGAUGGAGCACCCCGCCCCGGUCUCAGUCUUUGGGAAGUGGAGCUUUUUAGACCAACCCGGCAAAAGGAGGAGUCUGAGUUGAAGGUCAAGGUGGAGUCGGGAGCGGAGCCGGGAGCGGUUGAAGGCCCAUCUCACCGGUGUUCUGGAGAUUUUUCUUCGAAAUUAGCACCACCGUUCGAGUGUAUAUUCUAUAAAAGGGAGACCCUCCAAUCGCCUCAGUGGGUAGACUGGUCUAUCUUCCUUUUUGCAGGGACUCAAACUGGGAGGUCUCCCUAUAUUAACUAUAACUAUUCUUGUAUACCCAUUCGUCGCAUCAGGCCCCUUGAACCUCAGAUGCCUCCCCAUGGCGUGAGCGAGGCGCACCACAGCCUCACACCCUCUGCGUCACCACACACCACUCCUUGGAGGAGAUCUGACACCAUGGCAUGACGAUUUAGCGGAAAAAGCUUGACCCUACCUCUGAGUGCGUUCGAGAGAAACUGUAGGGCAGCGGAAGAAUGAUACAUCAUCAAGUCAUAAGAUGCAGAGCGCCCGACAGCAUCCAUUUGUUGCGAUAGGACUUUUGAUCGAUGCAACCGUGUAGCAGACGACCCAACUACAAAAGCCAUGCACCCUGGGAUUCCAACAACCACUCUUGUAGUAGUGUUUUUAAUGGUCCCUGCGAUUCCACGAACAGACCCCCCUAUUCACAGGAUACCACUUGAUCCAGAUCUUCGGUCGUUCAAGUCAUGCUACCAAGUCAUGGUUUCCUGCUGCUCCAGUGAAAAACCAUAAAGGGUGACUGGCAGGGUACCCAAGCUGCCAAGGCUCGGCCCACCAGGUGCUUUUGCAGGAAGGAGUUGCCUUGGAACCAUCUCUUUCCCAAUUCUACAAUUCCAGGUAUCCACCCACAGAGGUUUGAAGGAACCUGAGUUCGACUAUCCCAGCUGGGUACCCCAGGUACCGAAUGGUCCUAUGGUCACGGUCACGUCAUCCACCUCUCCGUCGUCGCCGGUGGCCAUGGAACGGGCAGUAACCGCCCGGGGGGGGAGGAUGAAAACGGUGCACCCGGAGCGGGGAAUUGCUGGGCUUUUGCUUUAAACAAAACCUGGCAGGGGGGAAUGUUCUUAAUUUUUUUGGUUCCUUGAGCAAAGCCAAGCUUUUUUCGAGGUCGCGUCGAAGUGGCUCGCGCUGCUGAAGGUCAAUGAUGCUGGCCAAAGUGCCGGCGAGAUGAAUCUGCGCGGAGCAGCAGGGAACACACCGGUUGGUCUUUCGCAUAGAAGGAUUUUGUUGAUUGGCAUCAUGAAGGUCUUUGUUAGGAACUUGGAAGCUACC